AGAGAGAAAUCAACAGCAAUAGUCGUCGUCGUCGUCCUUCUUCUUCUUCUCGAUACAGCGGAGUUAACCGUUAGCACUUCGCAGACAUGAAACUGAGGCCCUUUAUUGUCUCCAAGCUAGCUAACACCAAUCUAUCGAGAUCCACAAGAACAUGGCUCUCGCCUUCAUCUUCUAUUUGCAGAAAUGCGAACUCUUUUACAAACCCCAUUGCUCCUUCUGUCCCUCCUCCGAAUGUCCAUGGUUUCUUCUCGCCUAUCUGCAACCCUAAACUUCCAAAAUCCUUCCCUUUCUCUGUCAGAUAUCUUCACUCUAUUCAAGGAGCCCAGCUUGAAGAUUUGGACAGUGAAUCGGAAUCCAGCGAGGAGGAGGGGCUCAUGAACGAAUUCUUGUCCCGAUUUGUGUGGAUAAUGCGCGGGGAACUUUCUAAAGUGUACCCGGAUUGCGACAAACAGACCAUUGACGGCAUGCUUUUGAUAAUUGUUGAGAAGGUUGUAUCUGAGAUGGAGAAGGGUGACCUCGAGGCGAUGCUUGGCGCCACAGCCGGUACCCCGUCGCUUGAUUUCAGCGAGGAUUUGUGGAAAACAGUUUGGGAGGUCAGCAAUUCGGUCAUCAAUGAUAUGAAUAAGGAAAUGAAGAAGGAACAAAUGAAGUGGUUUCUCCAAUCCGAAGAAGUUAAAGAGAUGUGCCGCUUUGCUGGUGAAGUGGGCAUUCGUGGAGACAUGCUCAGGGAGCUCAGAUUCAAAUGGUCUCGAGAGAAAAUGGAGGAAUAUGAAUUCUAUCAGAAUUUGGAUCGUAUUCGAGAAGAAGACCGAGCCCAGGAAGAAGCAGAAAAGGAAAGCAGAAAAGCCGACGACACAGGGGAGGGGGUUCUUGAGGAUGGUUCAGAUGUGGCUGAAGAGAAACCCAAAGUCGUAUCUCUUCCACAGAGACGGGGGAAGAUUAAGUAUACGAUUUACGGUCUUGAUUUGUCAGACCCAAUGUGGUCUGAAGUUGCUGAUAGAAUUCACGAUGCAGAGAAGCUCAUUACGCCUGAAGAACCCAAGCCGAUUACUGGGAAAUGCAAGUUCAUUACUGAAAAAAUCCUCUUUCUGAAGGAGGAAGAUGAUCCAUCUUCGGUGUUGGCCGAAUGGGUUGAGCUUCUCCAACCAAGCAGGAUCGACUGGGUUACGUUGCUCCAUAGAUUGCAGGAAUGUAAUAUUAAUUUGUACUUUAAGGUUGCUGAACUGGUUCUCAAUGAGGAAUCUUUCCAAACAAAUAUCCGUGACUACUCAAAACUCAUUGAUGCUCAUGCCAAAGAAAACCGAAUGGAGGAUGCUGAGAGAAUCCUGAACAAGAUGGCCGAAAAGGGUAUCCAGCCCGACAUCCUAACUUCUAUGAUCAUGGUUCACAUGUACAGCAAGGCAGGGAAUCUUGAACAUGCAAAGGCAGCAUUUGAGAGCUUGAGAAGUCGAGGCUUCCAACCAGACGCAAAAGCCUAUCAUUCGAUGAUUAUGGCUUAUGUAAAUGCAGGUCAACCUAAGUUGGGAGAGUCACUGAUGAGAGAGAUGGAGGCAAGAGACAUCAAACCCACCAAGGAGAUAUACAUGGCAUUGCUGAGGUCUUUUGCUGAACGUGGUCACGUUGAUGGGGCUCAAAGAAUUGCCACCACAAUGCAGUUUGCAGGGUUCCAGCCUAGUUUGGAGUCUUGCGCAUUGCUUGUUGAGGCAUAUGGGCAAGCUGGUAAUCCUGAACAGGCCAGGAGUAACUUUGACUAUAUGAUGAAAUUGGGACAUAGGCCUGAUGACAAGUGCACAGCAAGCAUGAUUGCGGCAUAUGAGAAGAAGAAUAUGUUGGACAGAGCCUUGGAUCUGCUCUUGCAGCUUGAGAAGGAUGGGUUUGAGCCAGGUGUUGCCACGUAUACCAUGAUGGUGGAUUGGUUUUGUAAGUUACAGCUGGUUGAUGAAGCUGAGCAGUUAAUGGACAAGAUUGCUGAGAAGGGGGAGGCACCUCGUUUCAAGCUUCAUGUGGGCCUUUGUGAUAUGUAUGCAAGGGCGGGAGAUGAAAAGAAAGCUCUUCAAGCUCUGCGAGCUGUGGAGGCUAAGAAGGACCUCCUGGGAGCUGAAGAGUUUGAGAGGGUCAUAAAUGGGCUUCUAGUUGGUGGGCUAGCAGAGGAUGCUCGGAGGGUGCAUCAGCAGAUGGAGGCUCAGGGCUUUGCUGCAUCAGAGCCUCUGAAAGUGGCAAUCAUGGCAUCUCAAGCAUUCCGGCGCCAAAGACCCACAACAAGAUGAUGGAACCGCUGAAAGGCUUGGUUAGAUUGUAACAUUAAUGGUUUCCAGAAUGAAAUGUCUUUCUUUUUCUCCUUACUGCUACAACCAAGUUGGCCAAACUUUUACAAACUGCCUACAAUGACCA